UAAAGUCACCAUCACUAUUACUACUGAGCAUUUUCCCAUGGAGGUUGAAUAAAAUGACAUGACUUUGUUUCUCUGGAUGGAUACGGGCUGUUUAUGGAGGUGACAGCAGUGACUCUGGACGCUCAAUAUGUUAAGCAGUAAACGGACAGACAUUCGGCUCCAGAGUGAUGAAGCUCUGUAAAGUCAUUCCUGUGUUUUAGUGUAAGCAUCCCUCAGGAGUUUUGUGUGUCGUAAGGACCUUGAGACACACCCACACACACCCACACAGACAAGCAUUGAUGUUCAGCCUCUCCUUUUCACGAUAGACCUGGCAGACCUCUAAUCUCUAAAAGAUUGAUGAGGUCCUGUCCAGGCGCAGGAGGCCUGGCACAGCGUCGAUAAGGCAGCUUUCAUUUCACCACAUUUUAUCCCUCGCACCUUCCUCCCUUCUCCUCUUUUCCUCCAUGCUGAGGGACGCGGGGGCCGGCUUUGAAGUAUGAGAGAGGAUUAUGACAUGCCAAGGCCCCUUGGCAAGAAGGACAGUAUUUUAAGAAACAGGGACCAUGAAAUUCGCCAGAAAUGACAGUUCUGUUUUUUUGUGUCGCUCCAUGUGGAACAACUGUGUGGUUGCCGAGCAGGACACCAGAGUCGGCAUGCCUCUGUCAAACUGCUGGAGCUGGAAUAUAGUGAAACUACAGCGGGAAACUCAGAGCUGAGAGUAACUGAACGCAACUGCACACAAAAACACACACAGAGCGUUCCACACAGGACAAUGUGCAACAUCUCGUUCUGUGAUGUGGACAGUAAGGUGGACCAGUUCUUCCAGCCAACGCUCUACAUCAUAGUCAUCGUUCUGGGGCUGCCCACCAACUGCAUGGCCCUGUGGGCUGCCUACAUGCAGGUACGACAACGCAAUGAGCUCGGCAUCUACCUGAUCAACCUGUCAGUAGCUGACCUCCUCUACAUCACCACUCUUCCUCUGUGGAUUGACUACUUCCUGCAGCAUGAUGACUGGAUCCAUGGUCAGGAGAGCUGCAAGCUGUUUGGCUUCAUCUUCUACACUAAUAUCUACGUCAGCAUUGCUUUCCUCUGCUGUAUAUCACUGGACAGGUAUCUGGCUGUGGCAUACCCUCUGCGCUUUGCAAAGGUGCGACGCAUCAGAACAGCUAUCCUGGUCAGCGCCAUGGUGUGGAUCAUUGAGAUCAUUGCCAACUCUGCUCCUCUCUUCCAUGACGAGCUGUUCCAGGACCGCUUCAACCACACAUUCUGCUUUGAGAAGUAUCCCAUGCAGGACUGGGUAGCAGGGAUGAACCUCUACAGGACAUUCCUAGGCUUCCUCGCUCCAUGGACAGCUAUGCUUGUUGCCUACCGUGGGAUCCUGGCAGCAGUACGCUGCAACGUCUCAACAGAACGGCAGGAAAAGGCCAAAAUCCAGCGUCUGGCCUUGAGUCUGAUCCUGAUCGUUUUGCUCUGCUUUGGACCAUACCACAUCCUCCUUCUGGUGCGGAGUGUCAUGUUUCUAAGGAAGCCAUGUGACUGCGGCUCAGAGGAGAGCCUGUUUGCAGCGUACCAUGUAUCGCUGGCGCUGACCAGCCUCAACUGUGUCGCCGACCCCAUUUUGUACUGUUUUGUCAAUGAGGGUGCUCGGCACGAUGUUGGUCGAGCUCUUUCAGCUUUGCUCUCUGCAGCUUGUAACAGAGGUUCCUCUUCCUCACCAUCACACGCCGACAUACUUAAUGCUGGUUCAGUGACUAUGGAAACGCCGCUGUCAGCAAAGAAGCAGCCUUGUGUGUACGCGGAUGGGGCCAAAACAAGCAGUUACAAGACAGAACUGGUGGCCCUGAAGGAGGAGUGCCUACAAAUGACCAUCCUCAGUGUUAGGAAGUGACUUGUACCUGGACCACAGUGUAGGAGGCCCAAACUGUUCAGCUCAGUGGAUGGAGACAGCUCUUAACACUGACAGGGUCUGAUGUGUGAAAUCAGACACAUUUGUAAGGCUGUAGAUUUAUGGGGUAAAAUCUUCUAUUAAAAGCCAGAAUGGGAAUGAGAUUCAUGAAACAUGACAUGUUUCAAUAUUACAUUUUGCAUGAGAA